AUCAUCUGACUCCCAUUUCAACAAAGCCACUUCCCACCUCAACAUAGCAAUAGCAAAAUCUGCUACGUCUACAGACAAGCCAAUCAUUCAGCAUAUUCCUCAUCAUGAGUUCAGAAAACAAGAACCAUGGUGAUGAAGCAUCAUCACUUCCGCUGUUACCACACUCCUCCUCAACCUCUAAGCAUGAGUCUGACGGCGAGCUUGAGAGAAUUCUCUCCGACACCACCGUGCCCCUCCUCACCCGCCUCGGUCCCGCCACCUGGAUCGAGCUCAAGCUCCUCUUUCACUUGGCCGCCCCCGCCGUCCUAGUCUACCUCAUCAACUAUGUCAUGUCCAUGUCCACCCAAAUCUUCUCGGGACACCUUGGAAACCUUGAACUCGCCGCCGCGUCGCUUGGUAACGCCGGCAUCCAAGUCUUCGCUUAUGGUCUCAUGUUGGGUAUGGGAAGUGCUGUGGAGACGCUAUGUGGACAAGCAUUUGGUGCUCACAAAUAUGAAAUGCUUGGAAUCUACUUGCAGAGAUCAACCAUCCUUCUCUCUCUUGCUGGCUUGGUUUUGACGUUGGUAUACAUUUUUAGCGAACCCAUUCUAAUUUUUCUCGGUGAGUCCCCACAAAUUGCGUCCGCAGCCGCGCUUUUUGUGUGGGGCCUCAUCCCUCAAAUCUUUGCAUAUGCCGUGAACUUCCCCAUCCAGAAGUUCCUUCAAGCACAGAGCAUAGUCGCGCCCAGCGCAUACAUUUCAGCCGCCACGCUGGUGUUGCAUCUCUUGCUGAGCUGGGUGGCAGUUUACGAGGUUGGGCUAGGCUUGUUGGGUGCGUCGCUAGUUUUGAGCUUAUCGUGGUGGAUUAUCGUGAUUGCGCAGUACGUGUACAUUUUGAAGAGCGAGAGGUGUAAGCGCACAUGGCAAGGAUUUUCGUGGCAGGCAUUUUCGGAGUUGCCCGAGUUUUUCAAACUGUCGGCGGCAUCUGCUGUGAUGUUGUGCCUGGAGACUUGGUACUUUCAAAUUUUGGUUUUGCUGGCAGGGCUGCUUCCUCAUCCUGAGUUGGCUCUUGAUUCCCUUUCCAUUUGUACCACAAUUAGUGGGUGGGUGUUCAUGAUCUCUGUUGGAUUCAAUGCAGCUGCAAGUGUGAGAGUGAGCAACGAACUUGGAGCAAGAAAUCCAAAAUCAGCCUCAUUUUCAGUUGUGGUUGUGACAUUGAUUUCAUUCAUAAUGUCGGUUAUUGCAGCACUAGUGGUGCUUGCAUUACGGGAUAUCAUUAGUUACGUCUUCACAGGGGGUGAAGAGGUUGCUGCUGCAGUCUCAGACCUUUGCCCACUGCUAGCACUUUCUAUUCUCCUCAAUGGCAUUCAGCCCGUCUUAUCAGGUGUGGCUGUUGGAUGUGGAUGGCAAACUUUCGUUGCGUAUGUAAACGUGGGUUGUUACUACGGUGUUGGCAUUCCAUUGGGCGCUGUUCUCGGCUUCUAUUUCAAAUUUGGAGCCAAGGGAAUAUGGCUGGGAAUGCUAGGUGGCACAGUUAUGCAAACAAUAAUUCUAAUGUGGGUCACAUUUAGAACGGAUUGGAUCAAGGAGGUAGAGGAAGCAAGCAAGAGAUUGAACAAGUGGGAGGAAAAAACAGAGCCACUUCUAAACUGAAAAAUUGAAUAACGCAUGUGGGCCAUGCUAUUCAAUGAUAUUGGAAAAAUGGCAGCGUAACGUAAUGCAGAGGCUAAGUUUGUUUUUCAGUUUGGGCAGGUCAAUGUGGGUUUGAGUUGUAUUGAACAAUGUGUCACUAUGUUUGGAUGGCUUCAACUCAUAUUCACCUUAACUCACUUUGUGUCCAAAACCCACUUUCACUCAACUCCACUCAAUCCUCACUUCUACUUUGGAUGAAAGUUGGUUGGUACAUUGAUAUUGAACUUUUAUAGUAUUAUACACUAUGAAAGUACUUUUGGUUAAUAUUAUCCAAACAAAAUUAAUUUAUCAAACUUACUUUUAAAAUAAAA